GAAUUACCAUUCCUUAGACAUGUGAUUAGCGAAGAGGGUAUUCAAACAUAUCCAAAUAAAAUAGCUGUCAUGAAAAACUUUUCAGUACCAAAAGACUUGACACAAUUCAGAGGAUUCAUUGCUUUAACAUCAUAUUACAGAAGAUUCAUAAAAGGCUUUACUAAUAUU